AUGUCCAUCUUUUGGCCAAUAGGUCGUUCCAUCUUUUUCUUUGUGGCCGUUCAGCGUUCACCUUUUGUUAUUUGUGCCUGUUUAUAUUGUUCUUUUUUGUUGUUGCUUUCUUUUGCUUCUGUAUUUCUUCUUUUUUUUUCUUUAGCGACUUUAUUUUUUUCUUUCUGUUUUUGCAAUUUCUUCCUUUCAUAUUUACUUCAUUCACCUUUCUUUCUUUCUUUCUUUCUUUCUUUCUUUCUUUCUUUCUUUCUUUCUUUGUUUUGUAUAAAUUUUAUUUGGUCUUUUCAUUCCUACUUACUUCCAUUUGCUUUCUUUUUUCUUUCGUUCUUUCUUUCGUUGUUUGUUUGUUUCUUUCGUUCGUUCUUUCUUUUUUAUUCUUUCUUUCUUUCGUUCUUUUUUAUUCUUUCUUUCUUUCUUUUGUUAUUCCUUUCUUUCUUUCUUUCUUUCUUUCUUUCUUUCUUUCUUUCUUUCUUUCUUUCUUUCUUUCUAUUCCUUGUCCCUAUUUUGCAUAAAUUUUCUUAUUCGUGUUAUUCCUUCUUCAUUUCAUUUUCAUUUUCUUUCUCCGCCUUUCUUUUGGCUGCAAUUGUCCAUAUUGGCCAGUGCGAGCAGAGGUUGGACGCCCAAACAUUCGUGCAUGCCAACACCAGUUGA